UAUUUUAAGUGACUUAACCCCAUUUCAAUUCUCAGCUGAAAAUAUUUCCAGCAUCAAAAUGAAGAACAAUCUUCUCCCCGUCUUCCUCCUGAUCCAGCUGCUGCUUCAAUGGCGGAUCAAAGGCCAACAAGUGUAUGUCAACAACAAACAACUAGCCUGCGAAGUUAACUCCACCAAUACAUUAGGUUUCGUCUGCAAUAGCCCAUCUUCUUCCUGCCUUUCCUACCUAACCUUUCGCUCAAACUCGAUCUACAAUUCUCCAGCCACAAUCGGCUACGCUCUAAACGCAGAUCCAAUCGAAAUCGCCAAAAUUAACAACGUCACCGACAUCGGAUCUCUCCCUUCAAAUACCCUCCUCCUAAUUCCCAUCAAUUGUUCAUGUUUCUCCUCUUCCUAUUAUCAACAUAACGCCUCUUACGUUCUCAAGACCACUCUAGAUACCUACUUCUCCAUCGCUAAUCUAACCUACCAAGGUCUUACUACCUGUCAAGCUUUAAUGGCUCAAAACCCUUACUAUUUCCGUUCACUCCUAGUCGGAAUGCAAAUCUCAGUUCCUCUCCGAUGCGCUUGUCCAACGACAAAUCAAACCGCUGCCGGUAUUAAGUACCUUGUUUCUUACCUAAUUGCGUCCGGGAACGACAUCAACUCUAUCGCCGCAGCGUUUGGGGGAGUCGAUAAACAAACUAUCCUAGACGCUAAUGAAAUCGCCGAUGACACUAUAAUCUUCCCCUUCACCCCACUCCUUAUUCCACUCAAAUCCAUGCCGACCAAGAUAGAUGUCACCGCCUUCCUCCCCUCUCCCCCGCCGCCAAUUCCUCCACCGCCCCCUCCUGCUGCCCAGGUUGAAGACGGUGGUGAGAGUUCCAAAAAAUGGGUUAUCGUUGGAGUUGGAGUUGGAGCAGCCGCCUUGAUCUUGAUCGUCUUUGUAUUACUAGUCAUUUGCUGCCGCCGGCAGCGAAUGAAGAGCAAGCCAGAUCAAUCAGUAGUGAAGAAGAUGAAGAUAGAUGAAGAUGAAAGGUCAAUGGCUUAUAGCCCAAUAAUGUCAGACUCUAAAUCAUGGUCAAUAUCUGCGGAAGGUAUUAGGCAAGCAACUGGAGGAGGUUCAUCCGCCCUUGCGGUUUACAAGUUGGAAGAGUUACAGAAGGCAACGGAUUUCUUCUCGGAAGAGAAUCGAAUCAAGGGAUCAGUAUUCCUAGGAAGAUUCGACGGGGAUCUUGCAGCUGUUAAGGUAGUCAAUGGUGAAGUAUCAACAACCGAGAUCAACAUCCUACAAAAGCUCAAUCAUUCACAUAUAAUCCGUUUAUCUGGAUUCUGUUUACACGAAGCAAAUGCUUACCUUGUGUAUGAAUACGCAGAAAACGGUUCACUAACUGAUUUACUGCAUAAACCACUUCUAGAUUCCACAAAAAUGAACUGGAAACACAGGAUUCAGAUCGCAUACGACGUUGCAGACGCAUUGAAUUACCUUCAUAACUAUAGCAAACCGACUUGCAUCCACAAAAAUCUAAAGAGCAGCAAUAUCCUACUUGAUAACAACCUGAGGGCGAAGAUCACCAAUUUCGGAUUGUCAAGGAGUAUCGCAGUGGAGAAUGAUCAGAGUCAGGCUAUGCAGAUAACAAGGCACGUUGUUGGCACUCAUGGCUACAUGGCUCCAGAGUACAUCGAGAAUGGAUUGAUUACUCCUCAACUCGACGUGUUUGCGUUUGGCGUGGUGAUCUUGGAGCUUCUAUCCGGUCGAGAAGCACUAGAUCUAACUGCUAAGACUGUAGGAGGUGAGGAGAAGGAAGAGGAAAGCUGUUUACUCUAUGUAAGAAUAACUAAGGUGCUUGGAGGAGAGAAUGUGAGGGAGAAGCUUCAAGAAUUCAUUGAUCCCAGCCUGGAGAAGGGAGAAUAUCCAUUGGAGAUCGUCCAUUCCUUAGCUCAGCUGGCUAUGAAUUGUGUAGCUCACAAUCCAAAUUCUAGGCCAAGCAUGUCCGAUGCUCAAAUCAUCCUCUCGAAGAUCCUUUCAUCCUCCUUGGACUGGGAUCCUCUCGAUCAAAGCGGUUCCUCUGAAUACUAAAACAGACUACUAAUCUACUCUUCCUGUUUUUGUCUAUGUAUGAUCCGCAUCACAAUAUUUUGCAAAAGGAAAUGUAGCAAAUCCUAGCUAGAUCUUAGAUAAUAUGCAUACUGAUACGGUAGAUUAUAUAUGUAUAAGCAAUAAGUAAUCGAAAGAGAAGAGGAGAUAUACAUACAUACAUAUAAUGCGCUGGAUUUGAACUAAUCAAUCUUCAUAGAUACGGCAUUCGUCGGUUUCAGGAUUGUCAUUGCAGAAGGACUCUAGAGGAUCCUGUUUAUGCUCCAAUUUGAAUCUGAGAUCUGCUUUUGCACUGCUAAUUUCCUCCACUUCAUCCCAAGCAACCUUGCACUCAUCAGAGGAUGCAUCUCCUUGGCACGUUUCCUUAGCUUCUGCAACCAUCUUCUCUAUCAUCUCGGAGAGUUGCUUCUCUCUCAUCAACGUUCCUUUGUACUUUGCCUUCUCAGUCUAUUGAGAUAAGUAUUCGUAUUAAGUUUUAUAUUUUAAUAAUACUAAUUAUCCUUAUCUAUUUUGCAGAUAGUUAUAUUUGUUUUAGAAUCAGUUAUUUUAUUAUUAUAAGUUAGAUGUAGAUUUUAAACAUUACAAGAUAGUUUAAGGGCUAAAGUGAUAUUUGUAUAUCAAACUUUGCCUAUCGGGUAUAUCACCCUUGUAACCUUUUUGUUUUGCACAUAUGCAUCAAUAAUACAAAGUCAGUUUUUCUUCU